AUGUCGAGCCAUUCAUCUUCUAAUACAUCGUCCCCUCCCAGAUUCUCUCGGUACGUCCUUCAAAGUUCGGAUGUUCUUGAAGAUGCGAGAAUCAAUGUCCUUGAUGAGCAAUCCAGCAGCGUAAUAUGGUUCAAGGAACGUUAUCUUGGAGAUCAUGAAAUAGUCGACCAUGUGGUGCAUAAUUCGACCAGUACGAUAUGUUGGACGGUUCAUAAACCAUUGAAGGGGUGGUACAUCCGCAUACGUUCCCCGACUUUUCCACCUGGAGUUUUUAUUCCCUUAAUGCCUCUGUCGCCCAGAUCACCACAUUAUGGAGAAGCUGCUUUGACAUUCACCUCCCGGACCAGCAUACCUUCUGUGAAGGAUGCUGAAAUUUCGAUCCAGGCUUCAGCUUCAGCUUCACCGAAUACUUCGACAGUCCACUCUUAUCCCCCGACACCGCCGGCGGUGCCAUCUCUUGUCCUCCAGCCUGCUUCUCCUCCCGCUUCUCCUAAAUCCACCACAAAGCCUACCUCAUUAGACUCGGAACACAGUAAAAUUUCCUGGACUUCGACAUCAACUACCGACUUCGUGAUCGCGCCUUACCUCCCUGCGGCGACCAGUCCGUCGCUCUUCUCACGUAUUGUUAGCGCCAUAAAAGAUCGCGAAACCCUCGGUUCUAAUUCUUUCACGAUAUCCCGUAUCGCAGUUCAGGCCCCGCCGCCCUAUGUCUCAACAGGUACCAUGGGGAUAGCUUCUUUGGCCUCAAGCUCCCCUACUUCCCUAAAGUGUUUGCCCCUCCUCACAUUCCGUGAUCGUACUUCUUUUCUCACAGCACGAUCGAUGAAUGGGCUUUUGGAGUUGGAUCAGGCUGAAGAAUGUCUCCUUGGCGUAGAUACAGCUUUCUGGAUCGCAGUUGCUUUAACUUAUUUGGAUUUUCUGAACGAUAGAGCGAGCUACUUAGCGGCGUUGAAUGACUAGCUACGGGGACAUGUUAGGAGAAAAAGCGUUCAAUGCCGAUUAUAUAAGGGUUAUUUGUGUUAGAAUUCGUGUGGCCGGUUCCACAACCAAAGGGGCCCGACGGUAGCUUCUGACACAUUCUCGAUGAAAAUAUAGUUGAACCUUCUGUUGACUUCGUCCCCUCGCCAGGAGUACAUCCUCAGGACUGCAGUGCGGCGCAACUGUGAUGAACGAGGUCGAUUCAAGUUCCAGGCUAGUCCUCCCGCCACCGAGGGGACUAUCAGACAAAAAAAUGCGAACUCACUCUCUCAGUUCGAUAUUAUCUAUUAUCCAUCACAGGCAGAAAUAGCUGCACAUUCCCGUCCAAAGCUCGGCCAAUCAAAGGCAACAAUCAGACUUCAUCUAAUCACCCAGAAGAAAAACCCAACAUCGUCAAAGCGGGAGGUCUCGGAGGAAGCAGAACAGUCACUAGUCAAGUACCAGCCGAUCUGUGAAGGUUAAGACCUCAAUAUUCAAUCCUCGUUCCCUCUCCGCUACUGGAACGAAGUUUAUAGUCUUGUCGGGGACUUCUCGUGGUGGAAUUUCCACCAUGUGUCAAUCUUGCGGCUCUGGUGAU